AUGAAAAGCGCAGGACAUACGUUGGAAGUGUCGAGACUUCAAGACAAACGACAGACCGCCAUGAAUGCGGAAAAACGGAUACUUCCACGAAAUGCCCAAUGGCAAGCUGCUGGUCUUGGUACCUGCGUGAAUAAGGUACAGAAAAGCGUUGAAACCUGCAAACCGACUGAUUCCGACAACUAUAUGGUAAUGAAUGAAGGCAAAUGGACAAACAAAGAAAUGAGUCGCGAGCACACCCGAAAAGUACGACCUCGCCUGUUAGUCGGUGUCAGAAAGGGGCUUGGCCUCGAGGAUGGCUAA